UCAGGUGUUUCCGCGUCGCCUAGCAACCGCCCUGGCAACGGAAUAAAUGUUUCUGUUGAUCGCAGAAAGUUUUUAACUUAAACAAUGAGUUUAAAAAGGAAGAAACCUGAUUUUGCAGAUAACCCAGAGGUUUAUGUACAUGCCCCAGAUGUACAAUCCGCCAGCCAGGAGCCGUGGAUUGAAGCAAAGCCUUCAUUUUCCCUGUUUGAAGGCAGGGAUGAAACGACCGAAGCWGCAUCUCGGGAAGGAGAUGGAGCUGACAGCAGACCCAGCGGAACCACCAGCAAAGCUUUAAUUGGGCUUUACCACAAACCUUUACCGAUGAGGCUGCGCAGCUCCAGGGCGAGCCGGGCGGAUCAGAGGGAGCAGGACCGGAAACUGACAGAAAGUGUCGUGGAGACUUUGGGCAAGCGGGUUGUUGAGGGCGGCUCCACAGAAACUGGAUUCUUCAGAUUUACAGACGAUGCCAAACGUGAAUUGAUGUUUAAYUACUACAUCCAGAGGGGCAUCGACCUGGUGAACCUGGCGCGUCUGCAGGAGUCCUGGAUGGACAACAUCCAUGCGCUGAUCCCCUCCAAGCUGAGGCGCCUGAGCACAUUGCUGGAGGAGCUGGAUGACGAGACCAAGGAGGAAUAUCUGCAGAGCAUCAGGGCUGCAAUCCUAACCAAAACAUUCCAGGAUCAGAGUGGGAAGGAGGCGGGAGCCGAGGAGGAGCUGCCCUCUCACAGACUGGAGAUGAAACGCGUGCCGAAGCCGUGGAAUCGAUCGUUUAUCCAAGCGAGGAGGAGGAUCAGCCUAAACCUUCACUGCAUCACCCGCCCGUUGCUGCAAGUGGUGCUUCUGUGGUACGACUUGUACAAAGACAUCCGACUGAUCGACGUGGCAGCGAUCUGCUUCAAUAAGAAGUUCAUGGAGCUCUUUGAGUUUCAGCAGGUUGUUGCUAAACACAUUGAGGUCUCCAAAACUUUCCUCCUGGAAAAUUGGCUUUCUGACGUGCACAAGAUUUUUUGUGUGCAAAAUCUGCUGGUUACUCUGAGCAAGAAAGGAAAACUCCAGUCUUUCUUAAACUCUGCAGCAUCUCUGAUGACGCUGCAUCUGCAGAAACUGACGCUCAGCUCACUGAGCAACUACACAAAACUCAUUUCUAUAAAUAUGCAUUCAGACAGAGCCAGAGGCACAUCAGGCUUUAUUCUGCAUCUGGUCUUAGAAGACACUGAAAUCAAGUUUGAGCCGGACUUCGAGACGUACGAGGAGGCGUUCAUCAAUGUGUUUGAGCUCAUGCUGAAAUCCACCAGCGAUAUUCCACGGGUCGAAUCCACCCUGUUCCCCGAAUGGGAAGAAUCCAAUGUUGGGAAAACCUUGAGACCCAUCAUCCUUCCAGAGAUCAUUGAGGCCCAGCAGGAGAAAGUACGCCAGGCGUUCUGGGCUGAGACGGAAAGCCCCAAAGAGCAUGUCCACCUGUUCGACAAGUACUCCAUGCUGGUGUCCAGGGAGGCGGAGGAGAAGGUCCAGAAUUUCCUCAGUCAGCCGAAAUCCUUCCAGAAAAUCAAGGACGAGGCCAUCUACUACCAGAAGCUUGCUGAUGAGAUUCAGUACACAUCACCCAAAGUGGUGCGACUCGGCAUGUUUGAGGUCCAGUCCCAGAAACUCCUCAACUCUCUGGCCGAACGUGCGCUGGAGCUCAAGGAGAAACUGGCUUUGCAGAUGUUACAAGAUCAUCAGGAAAUCAAUGAAAGGCUCUGCAAAGAGUUUGAGAAGAUUUCAGAGACGGCCCUGAGUACGCCGCCUGAUACUCUGAAAAUGGUGGAGCUGCAGGCCUACGUCCAGAAGAUCAUAGAAACAGAGAUGCCUGUGCUGGAGCAGCGGCUGGCUGACUCCAACAGGCAGCUCUGCGACCUGAUGGACUUUGUCACCCUGUCGCCGGAAGACCUGGAGCUCAACACCCGAACCGUCCACUGGUUCCAGCGCAUGCCCGCCGUGUUUGAGGAACACCAGCAGAUUAUCGAUGAGAAGACGGAGCUUUACCAGAACGCACUCAAGCUGCAACGGGAGCGUUUCAUGGACGAGCUGGUGGGCUACAACAUGCAGAUGAAGGAGUUUCUUGGUUAUGGUGAGCUGGCGGAUCUCAGCAAGUACCUGAAGAAAGCGAAGACCCUCAACGCCAGGCUGGACAUGGCCAGUGACAAGAUUAAUGACCUCAACAUGGAAGAGGAGGCCUUCGGCUGGCCCGUGUCCCAGUUUCCACAGCGGAAACAGAUCCAGGAAGGGCUCACGCCGUUUCUGCGCCUGUACGAAACGUCGUUUGAAUUCCUGCAAGACCAUGACAAGUGGCUCCACGGGCCGCUGUCUGGGGUCCCUCCUGACAAGGUGGAGGGCGAUGUUGGGAACUACUGGCGCACGUUGUACAAACUGGAGAAAGGUUUCUUUGAAGUUCCCAAUGCCUUGAAGAUAACCAAGAUCGUAAAGUCUAGAGUGGAGAGUUUCAAGGGUCACAUCCCCAUGGUGCAGGUGCUGUGCAACCCGGGGCUGCGGGCCCGCCACUGGGACGCCAUGUCAGAGCUGGCCGGCUUCUCCCUGCACCCGGCCGACGAGCAGGCCUGCGUGGCUCAGUACCUGUCCCUGAAGCUGGAGGAACACCUGCCCAGCUUCGACGGGAUCAGCGAGGCGGCCAGCAAGGAGUACUCUCUGGAGAAGGCCCUGGAGAAGAUGGCCGGCGAGUGGAUGGACAUAGAGUUCACCCUGCUGGCCUAUCGGGAGACGGGCACCUUCAUCCUGUCGUCCGUGGAGGAGGUCCAGCUGAUGCUGGACGACCACAUCGUGAAGACGCAAACCAUGAAGGGCUCACCCUUCAUCAAGCCCUUUGAGGAACAGAUAACGGCGUGGGAGCGCAAGCUGCUGCUCCUGCAGGAGAUCCUGGACGAGUGGCUGAAGGUGCAGUUCGUCUGGCUGUACCUGGAGCCCAUCUUCAGCUCCCCUGACAUCAUGGUGCAGAUGCCUGAGGAGGGCCGGCGCUUCACGGCCGUGGACAAGACAUGGAGGGAAACCAUGAUGCAGGUUUCCCAGGACAAACAUGUUCUGGCUGUGGUGGAGGUUGAGAGAAUGCUGGAGAAGCUGAAACACUCAAACGAGUUCCUGGAGAGUAUCCUGAAAGGCCUGAAUAACUACCUGGAGAAGAAACGUCUCUUCUUCCCUCGAUUUUUCUUCCUGUCCAAUGAAGAGCUUCUGGAGAUCCUCUCAGAGACCAAAGACCCCACAAGAGUGCAGCCCCAUCUGAAGAAGUGCUUCGAAGGCAUUGCCAGUGUUGUGUUCACCGAGGUUCUGGACAUAACCCACAUAAAGAGCAGCGAGGGAGAAAUGGUGCAGCUCCUGGACGUCAUCUCCACCUCCAAGACCAGGGGCCAGGUGGAGAAAUGGCUGCUGGAGCUGGAGAACGGCAUGAUCGUGUCCCUUCAGAAGGUCAUCGGAGACGCAAUCACGGCCUACCCAAAUGACAAGAGGACCGACUGGGUCCGCGCCUGGCCGGGUCAGACGGUGCUGUGUGUCUCACAGGUCUACUGGACCAAAGACAUCCACGAAGCUCUGGCUUCAGGACCGGAGGCCCUGGAGGCCUACCUGCAGCAGAACAACAGGCAGAUCGACGACAUCGUGGCUCUCGUUCGGGGGAAGCUGUCCAAACAGAACCGGGUGACCCUGGGAGCCCUGGUGGUGCUGGACGUCCACGCCCGCGACGUUCUGGCCACGCUGGUGCAUAAAGGCGUGCGUGACGAAAAUGACUUUGAGUGGCUGAGCCAGCUGCGGUACUACUGGGUGGAGAAUAACCUUUACACCAAGAUGAUCAACGCUGGUUUACCGUACGGCUACGAAUACCUGGGCAACACUCCGAGGCUGGUCAUUACUCCACUGACUGACCGCUGCUACCGCACCCUGUUUGGCGCCCUCCACCUCCACCUGGGUGGGGCCCCUGAGGGCCCCGCAGGCACAGGAAAAACAGAAACCACCAAGGACUUGGCCAAAGCUGUGGCGAAGCAGUGCGUGGUUUUCAACUGCUCCGACGGACUGGACUACAUCGCGCUGGGAAAAUUCUUCAAAGGUCUGUUGUCGUUCAGGUGUAAAAACGGAAGUGUUUAGUUUAACCGCAUCGACCUGGAGGUUUUGUCCGUUGUGGCGCAGCAGAUUCUCACCAUCCAGAGAGGGAUCGCUGCUCACAGUGACAUGCUGAUGUUUGAGGGGACGGAGCUGAAACUGGACCCGUCCUGCGCCGUCUUCAUCACCAUGAACCCAGGCUAUGCUGGACGCUCAGAGCUGCCAGACAACCUCAAGGCUCUGUUCAGGACGGUGGCCAUGAUGGUGCCGGAUUACGCCAUGAUCGCGGAGAUCGUGCUGUACUCCUGCGGUUUCGUGACGGCUCGGCCUCUUUCGGUGAAAAUCGUGGCCACCUAUCGACUGUGUUCGGAGCAGCUGUCCUCCCAGAGUCACUACGACUACGGCAUGAGAGCCGUCAAAUCCGUGCUGACCGCGGCAGGAAACCUGAAGCUGGCUUUCCCAGAUGACAACGAAGACACUCUGCUGCUGAGAUCCAUCAUCGACGUCAAUCUGCCGAAGUUCCUGUCCCACGAUCUGCAGCUUUUUGAGGGUAUUACCUCCGAUCUCUUCCCGGGUGUGCAGCUCCCGGAUCGAGACUACAACAUUCUCCUGAAAGCCAUCACAGAAAACUGCAAGACCAUGAACCUGCAGGUCACCAACUUCUUUUCUGAGAAAAUCUUGCAGAUCUAUGAGAUGAUGAUCGUGCGGCACGGCUUCAUGGUGGUGGGCGAACCCUUCGGAGGGAAAACCUCGGCCUACCGCGUGCUGGCUGCAGCGCUUCAGGACAUCUUUACCCAGGGUCUGAUGGAGGAGAACCAGGUCCAGAUCACAGUCAUCAACCCCAAAUCUAUCACCAUGGGCCAGCUGUAUGGCCAGUUUGACCCGGUUUCCCAUGAGUGGUCCGACGGCAUCCUGGCUGUCAGCUUCAGGAUCUUCGCCUCCUCCAAGAGCCCUGACAGGAAGUGGCUGAUCUUUGACGGUCCGGUCGACGCCGUGUGGAUCGAGAACAUGAACACCGUGCUGGACGACAACAAGAAGCUGUGCCUGAUGAGCGGCGAAAUCAUCCAGAUGUCGCCGCAGAUGAGCCUCAUCUUUGAGCCCAUGGACCUGGAGGUGGCGUCCCCGGCUACGGUGUCUCGCUGCGGGAUGAUCUACCUGGAGCCCCACAUGCUCGGCUGGAGGCCUCACAUGCUGUCUUGGCUCAACACUCUGCCGACUUCGCUCAAAGAUAAGCACAAGGCGCUGAUCUCCGGCCUCUUCGACCGCGUCCUGCCGGCCUGCCUGCAGCUCAUCCGGAAGGCCACCAAGGAGCUGUCCCCGACCUCUGACACCAACCUGGUCAAGUCCCUGAUGAAUCUGAUGGACUGCAUGAUGGAUGAGUUUCACAACGAAGGAAAAAUGAAGACCAUAAGCAAAGACGACGUUCUCUCCUGGUUGGAGGGCAUCUUCGUGUUCUGCCUAGUGUGGUCGGUCGGCGCCACCUGCGACGAUUUGGGUCGAGAGAAGUUCGACUCGGUGGUGAGAGAGAUCCUGAGCGGACCUUUGAGCAAAGAGACGAUGAGCCUCCAUGGCCUUCUGGUAGAAGUCGACCCGCUGCCGAAACCGCUGGCGGUUCCUCUGCCCUCCGACGGGACGGUCUACCAGUACCGCUUCAUUAAAGAGGGUCCGGGCCGGUGGGAGCUUUGGACGGACCAGCUGAAGGCCGCGCCCGCCAUCGACAGAGACCUGCAGUUCAACGAGAUCAUCGUGCCGACGGAGAACACCGUGCGCUACAUGGCRCUCAUGCAGCUCCUCGUUACUCACCAGAAGCCGACCAUCUUCAUCGGCCCCACCGGCACCGGGAAGAGCGCCUACAUCACYGACUUCCUGUUGACUAAGCUGCAGAAGGACGUGUACAGCCCGUUAUUCAUCAGCUUCUCAGCCCAGACCACAGCGGCCCAGACGCAAAACCUCAUCAUAUCCAAGCUCGAUAAGCGGCGAAAAGGCCUGUUCGGGCCUCCGAUGGGGAAGAAAAUGGUGGUGUUCGUGGACGACGUCAACAUGCCAGCCAGGGAGGUUUACGGCGCUCAGCCUCCUGUGGAGCUGCUGCGCCAGUGGCUGGACCACUGGAACUGGUACGACAUAAAGGACUGCUCCAUGAUCCGCCUGAUGGACAUCCAGAUCAUAAGUGCCAUGGGGCCUCCAGGUGGUGGAAGGAAUCCUGUCACUCCCCGUUUCCUCCGCCAUUUUAACGUGGCAACCAUCAACGAAUUCGAYGAGAAGACAAUGUUUACCAUCUUCUCCAGGAUCACAGAUUGGCAUUUCACCAUAAGGUUCCCCUUCCCGAGUUACAUUUCGUCUCUGACCUCUGACAUCGUCAACAGCACUCUGUCCGUGUACCGGGAAGCGACCAAGAACCUGCUGCCAACACCAGCCAAGUCCCACUACCUGUUCAACCUGCGCGACGUUUCCCGGGUCAUCCAGGGCAUCUGCCUGUCCCGGCCCGAAUCCGCAGAGGAGCCGUCGGUCAUCAAACGGCUCUGGGUCCACGAGGUUCUGAGGGUGUACUGCGACCGGCUGGUGCAGGACUCGGACCGCUCCUGGCUGGUCAGCCACCUGCAGGUGGUGUUCUCGGAGCAGAUGCAGGAGGACUUCCACCUGCUGUUCCGGCACCUGGACCAGGACCAGGACGGCGUGGUGACGGAGGACGACCUGCGCAGCCUCAUGUUCUGCGACUUCCACGACCCGAAGGGCGAGGACCAGAACUACCGCGAGGUGCCGAACCUGGAGCAGCUGCGCCUKGUGGUGGAGUCGCACCUGGACGAGUACAACAACAUCAGCAAGGCGCCCAUGAAACUGGUGCUGUUCCGCUUCGCCAUCGAACACGUCUGCCGCAUCUCGCGCAUCAUCAAGCAGCCGAGCGGCCACGCGCUGCUGGUGGGCRUCGGCGGCAGCGGGCGCCAGUCGCUCACCCGGCUGGCCGCCUACAUUGCCGACUCGGAGCUCUUCCAGGUGGAAAUCAGCAAGACGUACGGCAGCAACGAGUGGCACGAAGACCUGAAGCUGGUGAUGAGGAAGUCGACGCAGGGCGAGGCGCACGGCGUCUUCCUCUUCACCGACACGCAGAUCAAGAAGGAAUCAUUCCUGGAGGACAUCGGCAACCUGCUGAACACCGGAGAGGUUCCCAACCUGUUCGCCGUGGACGAGAAGCAGGAAAUCUGUGAGAAGAUGCGAGUUCUGGACCGGCAGCGCGAUCGCGACAAGCAGACGGACGGCUCGCCGCUCGCCCUGUUCAACAUGUUCCUGGAGCGCUGCCGCACUCAGCUGCACGUGGUGCUGGCCAUGAGUCCCAUCGGCGACGCCUUCAGGGAUCGCUUGCGCCGAUUCCCCGCCCUCAUUAACUGCUGCACCCUUAACUGGUUCCAGCCUUGGCCUGAAGACGCCCUGCAAGCCGUGGCCGAUCGCUUCCUGGAGGACGUUGAGAUGACGGAUCAGUACCGGCAGGGCUGCAUCCACAUGUGCAAGAGGUUUCACACGUCCACUAUGGAGCUGUCGGCUCGCUUUCUGGACGAGCUGCAGCGCUACAACUACGUCACGCCGACUUCCUACCUGGAGCUCAUUUCCACUUUCAAAAACCUGCUGAGGACGAAAAGAGCCGAGGUGAUGCAGCUAAAGUAUCGCUACCAAGUUGGUCUGGAAAAGCUGCAGUCGGCCGCAGACCAGGUGGCCGUCAUGCAGGUGGAGCUGGAGGCGCUGCAGCCGCAGCUGCUGGUGGCCAGCAAGGAGGUGGACGAGAUGAUGGUGAUGAUCGAGCGCGAAUCCAAGGAGGUGGCCGCCACGGAGAAGGUGGUGAAGGAGGACGAGGCGGUGUCCAACGAGCAAGCGAUGGCCGCCAAGGCCAUAAAGGACGAAUGCGACGCCGACCUGGCCGAAGCCACGCCCAUCCUGCAGUCGGCUCUGGACGCGCUGAACACGCUCACCCCGCAGGACAUCUCGCUGGUKAAGUCCAUGAAGAACCCGCCUGCAGGGGUGAAGCUGGUGAUGGAGGCCAUCUGCAUCCUGAAGGGCGUCAAGCCGGACCGGAUCCCGGACCCGGCCGGCUCUCUGAAGAAGGUGGAGGACUACUGGGGUCCGGCCAAGAAGCUGCUGGGAGACAUGCGCUUCCUGCAGAGUCUGCAUGAGUACAACAAGGACAACAUCCCUCCCAACCUGAUCACCGUCAUCCGCCAGAAGUACAUCACCAACCCGGACUUUGUGCCGGAGAAGAUCAGAACGGCGUCCACGGCGGCGGAGGGAAUGUGUAAGUGGGUCUGUGCCAUGGACAAGUACGACAAGUAAGAGUUUCCCUUCAGCUCCCUUCUCACCACUUUAUCACAUUUGACUGAAUCUUAUCUCUKAAAAGUAAUUUUGAGACAGAAAAAAUGGAAACUAAAAAAAAAAWAUUUGAAUCUGGAAAAUAGUUUUGAAACUAAAAAACAAUUCAAAAUGAAACUUGACCUGCAGGUGGAUCUGUGCAGUAAGAAACUGGAGCGAGCCGAGCAGCUGAUCGGAGGCCUGGGCGGAGAGAAAACCCGCUGGAGUGAGAUGGCCUUUAAUCUGGGCCUGCUCUACAACAAUCUGACUGGGGACAUGCUAAUCUCAUCAGGCAUCGUGGCUUACCUGGGAGCCUUCACCUCCAAAUACAGACAGGACCAGACGGAGAAGUGGAUGGAAAUGUGUAAGGCCAUAGAGAUCCCGUGUUCCUCCAACAUGUCGCUCACCAGCUCUCUGGGCGAACCGGUAAAGAUCCAGGCGUGGAACAUCGCCGGCCUGCCGUCAGACAGCUUCUCCAUAGAAAACGGCAUCAUGAUAUCUAUUGCCAGGCGAUGGCCGCUGAUGAUCGACCCCCAGGGUCAGGCCAACAAGUGGGUGAAGAACAUGGAGAAAGCCAACAACCUCCAUGUCAUCAARCUGAGUGACUCCGACUUCGUCCGCACUCUGGAGAACAGCAUCCAGUUCGGAAACCCAGUGCUGCUGGAGAACAUCGGCGAGGAUCUGGACCCCAUCCUGGAGCCCCUGCUGCUGAAGCAGACCUUCAAGCAGGGCGGUUCGCUGUGCAUCCGCAUGGGAGACUCCACCAUCGAGUACGCGCCCGACUUCCGCUUCUACAUCACCACCAAGCUGCGCAACCCUCACUACUUACCCAAGAUCUCGGUGAAGGUCACACUGCUGAACUUCAUGAUCACGCCUGAGGGCAUCGAGGACCAGCUGCUGGGCAUCGUGGUGGCUCGGGAACGGCCUGAUCUGGAGGAGGAGAAGCAAGCCCUCAUCCGGCAGGGUGCAGAAAACAAAAGACAACUGAAGGAGAUCGAGGAUAAAAUCUUGGAGGUGCUCUCCUCCUCUGAGGGCAACAUCCUGGAGGACGAAACGGCCAUCAAGAUCCUGUCCUGCUCCAAGGUGUUAGCCAACGAAAUCUCUGAGAAGCAGGCGGUUGCCGAGGAGACCGAGCAGAAGAUCGACGAGACCCGGAUGGGCUACAAGCCCAUUGCCAUUCACUCUGCCAUCCUGUUCUUCUCCAUUGCUGACCUGGCAAACAUCGAGCCGAUGUACCAGUACUCCCUGACCUGGUUCAUCAACCUGUUCAUCAACUCCAUCGACAGCUCAGAGAAGAGUGAUGAGGUGGACAAGAGAUUGCAGAUCCUGAGGGACCACUUUACCUACGCGCUGUAUGUCAACGUGUGCCGCUCCCUGUUUGAGAAGGACAAGCUGCUUUUCUCCUUCUGCCUCAGUGUCAGUCUGCUCAUGCACGACAAGCUGGUGGAUGAGGGGGACUGGCGCUUCCUGCUCACAGGCGGCGUGGGCCUGGACAACCCUCACUCCAACCCCUGCAGCUGGCUUCCCAAGACGUCCUGGGAUGAGCUCUGCCGUCUGGACGAGAUCGAACGUUUCCACAACUUCCGGCAGGAUUUCCAGGCACUGCUCCCAGAGUGGAAGGAGGUUUACGACAGCCCGAACCCCCAUCAGACUCCCUUCCCAGGCGUGUGGCAGGACCACCUGUCCCAGUUUCAGAAGAUGAUGGUGAUCCGAUGUCUCCGACCCGACAAGAUUGUCCCGAUGGUGCAGGAGUUUGUUUCAGACAGCGUUGGGCAACCCUUCAUCGAACCGCCGCCCUUCAACCUGAACACCGCCUUCUCAGACAGCCACUGCUGCGCUCCCCUCAUCUUCGUCCUGUCCCCCGGCUCCGACCCCAUGGCGGCUCUGCUGAAAUUUGGAGACGAAAUGGGCUUUUCAGGCAGCAAGCUCACCUCCCUGUCUCUGGGCCAAGGUCAGGGUCCAAUAGCCAUGAAAAUGAUUCAGACAGGCGUCAACGAYGGCACCUGGGUCGUCCUGCAGAACUGCCACUUAGCCACUUCCUGGAUGCCCAUACUGGAGAGAGUCUGUGAGGGCCUGCUGCCCGACUCCACCCACCCAGACUUCAGGCUGUGGCUGACCAGCUACCCGUCGCCCACCUUCCCCGUCACGGUGCUGCAGAACGGCGUGAAGAUGACCAACGAGGCUCCCAAGGGCCUCCGCUCCAACAUCGGCCGCUCCUACUUGAUGGACCCCAUCUCCGACCCCGAGUUCUUCAACAGCUCCAACAAGCCGGCUGUGUUCAAGAAGCUGCUGUUCGGUUUGUGUUUCUUCCACGCCCUGACGCAGGAGAGGAGGAAGUUCGGCCCGCUAGGCUGGAACAUUGCGUACGAGUUCAACGAGACGGACCUGCGCAUCUCCGUGCAGCAGCUGCACAUGUUCCUGGAGCAGUACCAGGACGUCCCGUUCGACGCCCUGCGCUACAUGACUGGAGAGUGUAACUACGGAGGACGAGUCACAGACGACUGGGACAGACGAACUCUGCGCACCAUCCUCUCCAUCUUCUACACGACACAGCUAAUCGACGACCCCGACUACAUGUUUGACUCCAGCGGCCUUUACUACGUGCCACCAGACGGCGAUUACAACAGCUACUUGGAGUUCACCAAGUCGCUCCCCCUCAACCCGUCGCCGGAGAUUUUCGGCAUGAACGCGAACGCGGACAUCACCAAGGAUCAGGCCGAGACGCAGCUGCUGUUUGACAGCAUCCUGCUCACACAGUCGCGCUCCGGAGGCGGAGACGCCAAAUCCACCGACGACAUGGUGUUUGAAGUGGCAGCCGACAUCCUGAGCAAGCUGCCUCCGGACUUCAACCUGGAGGCGGCGCUGCGGAGCUUCCCCACCAGCUACAAGCAGAGCAUGAACACCGUGCUGGUGCAGGAGAUGGGCCGCUUCAACAACCUGCUCUCCUGCAUCCGGAGCUCCUGCAUCAACAUCCAGAAGGCCAUAAAGGGUCUGGUGGUGAUGUCAGCAGAGCUGGAGGAAGUGGUGAACAGCAUCUUGAAAGGUAAAAUUCCCGGCAUGUGGAUGACCAAGUCGUACCCCAGCCUGAAGCCACUAGGCGGCUACGUCAACGACUUCCUGCAGAGACUCAAGUUCUUACAGGACUGGUACGACCAUGGUACGCCUCCCGUUUUCUGGAUCUCUGGGUUCUUCUUCACCCAGGCCUUCCUCACCGGCAGCCAGCAGAACUAUGCCAGGAAACACACGAUUCCCAUCGACCUGCUGGGCUUCGACUUCCAGGUUCUGGACGACAGUCAACACACCAAACCCCCGGAGGACGGCGUUUACAUCCAAGGUCUGUUCCUCGACGGCGCUCGCUGGAACAGGGACACCAACCUUCUGGCAGAGUCCUUCCCCAAAGUGCUGCACGACUCCAUGCCAGUGAUGUGGCUGAAGCCCAUGAAGCGAGUGGAGAUUCCUGAGAGGAUGUCCUACCUGUCUCCUGUCUACAAGACGAGCGAGCGGCGCGGCACUCUGUCCACCACCGGACACUCCACCAACUACGUCAUCGCCAUGACGCUGAACACCGACAUCCCCGCAGAGCACUGGAUCCGACGAGGCGUCGCUCUGCUCUGCCAGCUCAACGCGUAGCUGCAGCUUUGUUUCAGUUCCAAUGUGUAAAUAAAAGUUGAAUAAAUCCAGUUAAUCAGA